ACAAAAAUGUGUGGCAGGCGUUGAGGAUUAGGAUAUGGUAGAGAUGUACAGAAAUGUAUAUACCCAUUGAAUAUAUCCAGCACAUGGCAGUAAAAUCCCCCUCCUUCAACCUCUGCAUUUCCUUUCGACGAUCAAGCGUUCAACAAUGGCACUCAUGGCAUCGCCACUCACACCCACAGGCAAGAUCCCUUUGAAAACCACAUUCCAAUCAGGUACCAAAGUGCCCACAUUCAAAAAUAAUGUUUGUUGCCAACAAAAUCGCCUGUUAAUCGAAGCCCAACAGAAAAAAAUUACAUCCAGCUCCUCAUUUAACAUAAAAAUCUCCCCUGCUCUAAAAAAUGGUUGCCUGAUUGCCUUGAACAGCCUUUUAGCCAUGCCUGCCCUGGCAGAAAUAGAAAAAGCCAAGCUUUUUGACUUCAAUCUCACCCUGCCCAUCAUAGUGGCAGAAUUUUUGCUUUUGAUGGUAGCACUUGACAACAUCUGGAUCAAGCCUUUAGGAAAAUUCAUGGAUGAUAGGGACGAAGAAAUCAGGCAAAAGCUGCUGAGUGUUCGCGACAAUUCUGAGGAAAUCAAGCGCUUACAGGAGGAGGCUGAUGCCAUUCUCAAGGCUGCCCGGGCAGAGGUCACGGCUUCCUUGAACCAGAUGAAGAAGGAGAUGUCAGCAGAGUUGGAGGCGAAGUUAAAGGAGUCCCGAACACGGGUUGAGAAGGAAUUGGAGUUGGCAUUGCAGAAAUUAGAUGUCCAGAAGGAGGAAACACUUCGAAGCCUUGAUAAGCAAAUUGGGGAGCUCAGCGAAGGGAUUGUCAAGAAGGUUAUGCCCGGGAUUUUUUAAUUUUCUUGGGGUUAAUGUAUGACAAUUCGGUUCCCCAUUAAUGGCAAUGAUAUGUUUUUAUUAGCGUCUAAGCGAUAUGGAUUGAGCCGUUGAAUUGUUUGAUUAAUUGAAACUAAAUUUUAGUA